CUUUUCUAGAACGCUUUAAAUAGCACCUCCCUUUAUGUCUUCCAUGUAGAGUUGUUGGAAAAAUGAAAGCGUUAACAUUGAUUUGCUUAGCUCUCUUUGGUUUGAUGAAACCUUCGUGGCAACAAGGAUUCGGUUUACAAGUGGGUGCCGGAGCUCAACUGUAUGCCGGCGCAGGUGGCUGCAAUUGUCCACCGGGUCCACCAGGACCACCUGGUGCCAAUGGUCUACCCGGUCCAGAUGGUGAUCCAGGUGAAAAAGGUCCAACUGGUGAUCCAGGUGAUAUAGGACCCGUUGGCCGUCCCGGUGAACGUGGUCAUGAUGGUCGACCUGGUCCCACCGGACCCAUUGGUGAAACAGGCAGACGAGGUCCACGAGGUUUUACCGGUGCCGUAGGAGCUAUGGGCCCCCGGGGUCCACCGGGACCACCUGGCCCUCGUGGUUUGCCAGGUACUGCUGCUGCACCGGCUGCUCGUUCCAGCCUUUACCCAUUGGAAGAUUUUGAAUAUGAUUUGGAAGACGGUGAAUUUUAUGAAUAAAGAAAUUUAAACAAAAGAA